ACAAUGCCUUUCCAGACUGUGCAAGACCUUUUUCACUAGGUCAUAGGGGAAUGAGCGUCAUGCCUUACUUUGCUGUGUCAGCUUCCAAAGAAGAGGACGUCAUGCAUCUGGGCAAGGCCAGUGUGGAAAGUGAAAUGUGAUGUUCCUGUUAUGAGUAUUAUUCCAGAAGCGUUUGGAAACAGUGCAUUCAACAAGGAAGCAUCAGAAAAUAAAUAAUAUACAGCAUAUGCAUUUGUCCCAAGGAUUCUUCAAAGUCAUAACAGUUCAACCAAUGAUUAGCCUAUGUUUACUGCUCUGAAGUCAACUUAAAUGGAGCUUACUACUAGGAGAAGUCUGGCUCUGAGGAGAGAGAAGUUACACAGAAUAUGCCCUUCAAAGGUUCAAUCUACUGAUUUCUUGGCUGCCUUGUCCAUUGAAAUUGAGGGCUGAAUGAAGGAGGUGUUGUAUGAUCUUCUCCAUAUGAAAUUCAUAGUGACGCAUUUGGACAAAAUGAGGUGUUUACGAAAGCGAUCUGCAGUAUCCUUUCUAGGAGUCUUGGUCAUCUGCUUGUUGUUCAUGAACUUAUACAUUGAAGACAGCUAUGUCUUGGAUGGAGACAAACAGUUAAUCAGAGAAGCAGCCACACAUCAAUUAAACUCUGAGCGAUAUGUUCACACUUUUAAAGAUCUGUCCAAUUUCUCAGGAUCAAUAAAUGUUUCCUAUCGCUAUCUGGCUGGCACACCUUUGUUAAGAAAAAGGUAUCUUACUAUCGGACUCUCCUCAGUCAAACGGAGAAAAGGAAAUUAUUUGCUGGAGACAAUCAAAUCCAUAUUUGAGCAGUCGAGUUACGAAGAGCUGAAGGAAAUUGUGGUGGUGGUACAUCUGGCCGAGUUUGACUCAGUCUGGUGUGAUGGGAUGGUUCAGGAUAUUUCACAGAAAUUUGCCCACCAUGUAAUUGCUGGGAGGUUAAUGGUAAUCCAUACACCAGAAGAGUAUUAUCCACUAUUGGAUGGCCUCAAAAGAAAUUAUAACGAUCCUGAAGACCGGGUGAAAUUCCGUUCCAAACAAAAUGUAGACUAUGCUUUCCUGCUUAAUUUCUGUGCUAACCUUUCUGAUUAUUAUGUGAUGUUAGAAGAUGAUGUCCGAUGUGCAAAAAACUUCUUGACUGCUAUUAAAAAAGUCAUAACUUCAAGAGAUGGAACGUACUGGGUGACACUAGAAUUUUCCAAACUGGGCUACAUUGGGAAGUUGUAUCAUUCUCAUGAUCUCCCCCGAUUGGCUCAUUUUUUGCUGAUGUUCUACCAGGAAAUGCCAUGUGAUUGGCUGUUGAUCCAUUUCCGUGGACUGCUGGCUCAAAAGGAUGUAAUUCGUUUCAAACCGUCUCUUUUCCAGCAUAUGGGCUAUUAUUCAUCUUACAAAGGAGCUGAGAAUAAAUUAAAAGAUGAUGACUUUGAAGAGGAUUCAUUUGACCUUCCUGAUAAUCCGCCUGCCAUCCUUCACACAAACAUGAAUGUUUUUGAAAACUAUGAAGCAAGCAAAGCAUACAGUAGUGUUGAUGAGUACUUCUGGGGCAAAGCACCCUCUGCUGGAGAUUUCUAUAUGAUAGUCUUUGAAAAGCCAAUUAAAAUUAAUAGAAUUAAAGUUGUCACAGGGACAGAAGACCGACAAAAUGAUGUCUUGCAUCACGGGGCACUGGAAGUUGGGGAAAAGAUCGUUUGGGGCAAAAAGGGUAGACAAUGCACGACUUUCUUGCGACUAGGGGAGUUUAAAAAUGGAAACUUAGAAAUUACAAAUGUGGAGCACAAAGUUCUUUUUGAUAUUAACUGUAUGAGAAUACUUGUUACCAAAAGCCAAAAGGAAUGGUUGAUCAUUAGGAGCAUUAGCAUAUGGACUUCACAGCCAACAAAUCAAUAAGGUGAACUUACAGUGCUAGGUUUUCCCUCCUUUAUUAGGGAAGUAAGCACUGCUUGAAUGCUGGAUGGUGCCAUUCCCUAUAAUGACUGACUUUUUCAGAUUUUUGGGUUUUUUUGCUACUGACUUUGGCAACCUGGGAAAUCACAAAACAUACAAAAGCAAUCUAGUUUUUACUAGUUCGGUCAGGCAAUAUACAAUGACUACUUUGUUGGAAUGUUUGAAUUUUAUAGGAAGUGAAAACCCGUUCUUGUCCAUUCCUCCAGAUCCAAACCCAAUUUUCUGUUGUUUUUCACCAUCUUCCCUUAGGGAAGAACUGAUGUGCUAAACAAAGCAAAAGCUGUUUCAUAAUUUAAAGGUUUUGUAGGCCUAUGCCAGUAUAUUGUCAAAAGAAUUUGACUCCGUCAUAUCCACGUAUAAAUUAAAAAUGUGGUGGUGGUUUGUGUUUGUACCGUGGCUGGUAGCUUGUUUUGUUUGGAAGGCACUUUUGAUUGGGAAGUCCUGUUAAUGCAGCUGGUAUUCUCUACUGUGAGCACUGUAAGAAAGCUGUAUUGCUACCCAUUUCCCCCGAAAAUACAUGUUAUAAAACUGUAAUGAUCAUUCUGAAAAUCUCAGCAAGUGUAUCCACUAUUUUUGACC